AUGGUGCACAUCCGCCGGACCACGUUCUGGUGGGAGCUGCCCGUGAACGGCGCGGGCUCCAGCGGCAGGUCGUCGCGGAGGUGCUGCGGGAUCGACCGCCUGUCGUUCUGGCCGAUGGUUCUGGCCGCCAUGGCGCUGUUCCGGAGUGCGGUCAAGAAGCUGGUCAACGACGAGAGCGCGGCGACGGAGAUCAUGGUCUACACAGAGCUGGGGCAGAGCUUCAUCCUCCUGUGGCUGUACUAUGCCCUCCUCGACGCCAUCCACGCCAUCAUCCAGGGGAUGAAGCAGGAGCAGGAGGCCAUCAACAAGACCGAGCCUGUGCGGAAGAUGCAGAACCUCAUCAGCAAGAUAACCCGCACGAAAAGGCCAGAAAAGGACGUUGUUUAUUGUUUCGCCCAGACGAACACAGUACCAGCAGAGGUUCUGUUGUACGUGUGGUGGGUUUAUUAUAUCGGUGGCAAAGUACUUGGUGCUGGAAUUGUGGCAUGUGUGUUGAUGGGCGUCGAAGAAUCGGUUUUGGAGAAGAUGCUCAUCGGUGGCGUCAUGUUCUCGCUAGCAACAGCGAGUGGAUUCCUGUUUGAGCUUGGUCCAAACACGCUCAGCCUUCUGCGACUAUCGCUGAACAAGCCUUUCUAUGUCGGCGACCUCGUCACCUUGAAUACAAAUGGAGCCAUGGAUUCCCCAGGCGCAUCUAUCAUGGGAUUCGUCGAGAACAUCACAAUGAUGUACGUGGUGGUCAGGAACUUCGAGAUGAAGCAGACGUGGAUCCCACACAAGACCUUCAGCGGCAUGAUAAUCCAGAAUUGGACCCGGAGGCCUAGUAAACGGUCAAGAUGUCGAUCGGCAUCAGCUGCCGCUGCCCCGUCAAGAAGGUGCAGCGGCUCACGGCCUUCGGCAUGA